AUGAAUAUAAAUCGUGCUGGUCAUCCGCCUGGGCCAUGGCGCAGAUAUAACAUCGAUCCCGCCACUGCUGAGCCUCCUGCUCCCCAAACUCCUCAUCCAGCCAUGCCUGGGACUGUUGCCGGCGGAAUUGAAUGUCGGCCGCGGCCCACUGGUGCUGGCGUUGGCGGUGGCUUGGGCACUGGCGCUGCUGCUGGCGGUGGCUCGGGCUCGGGUGCUGGUGCUGGCGUUGGUUCGGGCUAUGGCUCGGGCUCGGGCUAUGGCUUGGGCUUGGGCUAUGGCUGUGGCGCCGGUGCUGACUUGGGCUCGGGCUGUGGCUCGGGCUCGGGCUGUGGCUCCGGUUUGGGCUAUGGCUCCGGCCCGGGCUAUGGCUCCGGCUUGGGCUCCGGCUUGGGCUUGGGCUAUGGCUAUGGCUCCGGCAUGGGAUAUGGCUCGGGCUAUGGCUUGGGCUUGGGCUAUGGCUCGGGCUAUGGCUCCGGUUUGGGCUGUGGCUCCGGCGUGGGCUAUGGCUCCGGCUCGGGCUGCAUGAGCCCGCUGCUCUGCUGA